GCUCUUUUUUUUCUUUUAACAAACCGCGUUUCCCAAGGUCUUUUCCGUCAUAUCACUUUCACUCUCCCUCCAUUCCCUCCAUCUCAAAACCCAUCUCCCUUCAUCACUUCCCCUCACGUCUUUCCCUCAAAACUUCUAAUUAUAUUCAACCAAGAGGAAAACGCGGCUGAGAAUAGUGUUUUCAUGAGCUAAAGUAGAAGCAACCAGAGUUAGAGAGAAGAAACGGUUGACUGUUUUGCACGAUGGCUGAGAACGGUGAAGAGAAGCUGUUAGCGGUGGCCAGGCACAUAGCCAAGACGCUGGGCCAAAACGACACCAUGGCGGACGAUAUUUUGCAGAUCUUUUCAAACUUCGACGGCAGAUUUUCUCGCGAUAAGUUGUCUGAGAAAAUGGUCGACGAGGACCCUCGUGGACGCGCCACGCUCGAGCGGACCCUUAAUUCCUUCGAUCGUCAGAUCUCCCAUUACGUGGCGUUUGACCACCCCAUCUGGGCUGACAUGGCUGAUUCUUCUGCCUUCCUUGACGCUAUUGACGAGUUAAUUGGAACGAUCAGGGACUGGAGCCCCAUGGCCGCUGAGAAAUCCUUCGGCGCUUGUCUUGUACGCGCCGACGACUUGAUGCAACAGGCCAUGUUCCGCCUCGAGGAUGAGUUCAAGUCUCUGGUGGAGCGAGGUGCAGAGUCGUUUGAAGUGAGUCGAAACAACCACGAGUCAACAGGGAACUUAUCGUUCGAUUCAGACGACGAAAAUGAAGAAAACGAAGAAGGUAUUCUUCACAACGGUGCGGAUCUUGAUCACCAGAUCCCAAUAGCUCAACCGAUAACGGACUACGAUAUCGUAAUCGACGCGCUUCCAUCAGGAACUAUAAACGAUCUUCACGAGAUCUCCAAGCGCAUGGUAGCCGCAGGGUUUGGUAAAGAAUGCUCUCACGUUUACAGCACGUGCCGAAGAGAGUUCCUCGAAGAGAGCAUCUCGAGGCUAGGGUUACAAAAGCUGAGCAUCGACGAAGUCCAAAAGAUGCCAUGGCAAGAGCUCGAAGACGAGAUUGAACGCUGGAUCAAAGCCGCAAACGUCGCGCUUCGCAUCCUCUUCCCGAGCGAACGCCGGUUAUGCGAUCGCGUCUUCUUCGGAUUCUCCUCCGCUGCUGAUCUUUCCUUCAUGGAAGUCUGCCGUGGCUCCACCAUUCAGUUACUUAAUUUCGCUGACGCCAUUGCUAUUGGAAGCCGAUCACCGGAGAGACUUUUCAAAGUUCUCGAUGUGUUCGAGACAUUGCGUGACUUGAUGCCUGAAUUUGAUUAUGUUUUUUCGGAUCAGUACUGUUUGGUUCUUAGAAACGAAGCGAUUACUAUUUGGAAGAGAUUAGGAGAAGCAAUUCGAGGGAUAUUCAUGGAAUUAGAGAAUUUGAUUCGGCGGGACCCAGCUAAGGCAGCUGUUCCUGGUGGCGGACUUCAUCCAAUUACACGUUAUGUUAUGAAUUAUCUCCGUGCUGCGUGUCGUUCCCGACAGACAUUAGAACAAGUUUUUGACGAAAGUAAUGUGGUUGUUCCAUCUAAUAAGCUUGAUGAUAGAGGUUCGUCUUCGUCUUCAAUGUCGGUUCAGAUGGCAUGGAUUAUGGAGCUUUUGGAGAGUAAUUUGGAGGUAAAGUCCAAGAUUUAUAGAGACUCUGCUUUGUGUUCUGUUUUUAUGAUGAAUAAUGGAAGAUAUAUUGUACAAAAAGUGAAGGACAGUGAGUUGGGGUCACUUUUGGGUGAUGAUUGGAUCCGAAAACACACUGCAAAAGUCAGGCAGUAUUGUACGAAUUAUCAAAGAAGUUCAUGGAAUAAGAUUUUGGGAACUUUAAAGCUUGACAAUUCCUCCUUGGCUUCAAAUGCGAUUGCCAAGUCUAUGAAAGAGAAGAUUAAGUCAUUCAAUUUGCAAUUUGAGGAGGUAUGUAAAACUCAGUCUACUUGGGUUGUAUUCGAUGAGCAGCUGAGAGAAGAGUUGAGGAUUUCAGUGUCUAGGCUUUUGUCACCAGCCUAUAUAAACUUCAUUGGGAGGCUCCAAUGUAUCCCUGAACUUGGGAGGAACGCUGACAGGCUUAUUAGGUAUGGCCCAGAAGAUAUUGAGGCUAGGAUUAAUGAGUUGUUUGAGGGAGCAAGCGGAUCAUCCGGUGGCAGGAAGUAAAGGUAACCUGCAGCUAGUGCAAGUUCAAGGAUUCUUUUUGUGUCGAGUGAAUGGUAGUCUAAAAUGAUUUGCAGUUUGGUACUAGGUGUUUGUUAUGCAUUUAGCACAAAUUUUCCUCUUCCUUUGUGAAUUAAAAUCAUGGAUAUUUGCCUGUAUUAAUCAGAAUGUAUUCUGGUAUUAAGGUGAAUUAUAAUCUUGCACCGUUUUCUUCAUCUGUAUAUAGGAAAUCUAAUCAUACAUGAUAUAUUAUCAUUUAUUAUAUGAGGAAU